CCCGCGCCGGUACAGUUGCCUCUGCGGUUAUCAGUGGUUGUCGCAGGUGCCGCGGGGUGGCGUUAGUGCGGCCGGUCAGUGCCGCGUACGGUGCGAUUCAAGAGGAAAAAGGAGAGAAACGCUUAUACCUCGUCGAAGGGAAUGAAAAAGAGAUAGAGAUACGAGUGAAACGACGAGUGAACAGAGACGGAGAGACCGGGGAGAGAACACAGAAAAGGGACGUUUCGACGUGGUGUGACUUUGCGUGCGCGCGAAUGCGCCGCGCGCGUAGCGUGCACCUCUUCUGGAUUCGGAUACUCUGGGGAUCGAGUCGCGCCUCGAGUCGCGAGGACGUCCAAUCUUGAUCACGAAACGGUGUCUCCGAUCGCCGGCACCUUUUCGUCUUCGCGCCUCGCUCUCUCUCCUACCCCAACUAGCCCUUUUUUCGCGGCCCUCUGCCUCCUCCCCUGUCCGGGUGAUACGAGGUGAGGAAAGACCCCUUCCGCCGUGCGCGCGACGGGCGCAUUGACUCUCUCUCGUUCAUCUUCGAUUCGUCACACACGAGCCGUACGGGCAUCCUUGUCUCCUCCACCUCUACCACACCACUGCAGCCACCCCACCAUUGGACCCUCUCGCUGUUGCCCCCUCCAUUUCUUCUCCGUCGGCCCUACUUCGGCGCCCUUCUCCGUCACGGCGCUGCCGCCGAUCGCCGAGGGAGUAUUCCUCGCGGCGCGCGACGACGGGUGAUCAGUGCGUGACUCGUCGUUGUUGCGGCGAUUGCCGAGGACGAGAGAGCGUCGUAAUUCGUCGUUCCGGCGUCGUUCCGUCAGUGCUCACUCGCUAACUGUAGAAAAUAUGAUCGCGAUGAGUUGCUCGUAACUCGUGCACGAAAAAAGAAAGGAGCAAAAAGAGAUUUCACGACGAUCAUCGGUAAGAGAGAUAGAAAGAAAGAGGAGGAUCGGCUUCAUUAUUCCCCAGCUAGAUAUACGCGAGGAUCGUCGUUUCCUCCCGGCGAGUCUCAGCGCGUCUUUCGCCCACGGAUAUACUGGAAUAAAGUGUGUCAACGGCAAGUGUGUAAAAAAAGUGAAAACCUGCUCGUGCGAUAUAUCACUUGGAAUUUCAUUUGUACGUAGAAAUAGCCCGGUCCGUGGAAAAAAAUCGUAAUAUCUGCCGCGUGACGCGGAGUGCAAAGUGGUAAACGAGUUGAAUUUGGCCGCGAUUCGGCGCUCGAGUACCAACGCUCGGCGUUCGUGCGCGCCUCUCGGCCUCGUCCGUUCCGUCCGUUCCGUUCGUUCCGUUUGUCGAUUGAAUUCGUUCGUCGGCUCGCGCGCGGCAACGGCUCGCUUACACCGACAGCGUAUACCGGCCCGCGGUACGUGACUAUGCAGCAGCCCCGCGGCAUCGCGGCGAGACGCAGGUAACGCCGACGGGAAGGCGCGACGCGACGAGACGGGACGAGCAGCAGAACGCGCCGAGCGGAUCGCCGCUCACAUCCGCGCUGCCUCCGCCGCCGCCCGGGGAAGCGCCGGCGGCGUGUAAACACCGAGGGAUAACGCGAGGACGCGUCAACAUGUGGACCACGAUGCUCGUGUGGACGGCCGUCGUCGUUCUCCUGCCGACGCCUCGAGCGGUGAACGCCUCGGGGGUGUUCGAGCUGAGGCUAAAGUCCUUCGUGAACGAGUUCGGCAAGGACAGUCUGGGCAAGUGCUGUUCCGGCAGCGCGUCCAAGACAGGCGAAUGCUCGGGGGUCUGUAAGACGAGAUUUCGGGUUUGCCUGAAGCAGUACCAGGUGAAGAUCGACACGACGUCGCCCUGCACGUACGGCGACGUCGUGACGCCCGUUCUCGGCGAGAACAGAAUUAAUCUCAGCACGAACGUUGCUCUGCCGAGCUUCGCCAAUCCCAUCAGGUUCCCGUUCGAGUUCACUUGGCCGGGUACAUUCUCGCUGAUAGUGGAGGCUUAUCACGACGCGGACAACAGCACGCAUCAAUCAGCCGAGAAAGUACUGAUUACGCGGCUAACCACCCAAAAGUGGCUGGACGUCGAUCCGGAAUGGACCGUAGACGUGUACAAGAGCGCCCAUUCGCAAAUGGAGUACGAGUAUAGGGUGACUUGUGCGCCGCAUUAUUACGGCAAGGGUUGCGAGAAUCUGUGCCGGCCAAGGGAUGACAACUUUGGUCACUAUAGUUGCAGUCCAAGCGGCGAGCGCGUCUGCCUCACCGGCUGGAAGGGCGACUAUUGCAACUCCCCCCGCUGCCUGCCCGGAUGCGACGAGCAGCACGGACACUGCAAUCGACCCAACGAAUGCAUAUGCCACAACGGCUGGAAAGGAUCGCUGUGCAAUCAAUGCGUUCGAUAUCCGGGCUGCCUCCACGGUAGUUGUCAAAAACCUUGGGAAUGCGAGUGCGACGAGGGUUGGGGUGGACUGUUCUGCAACCAGGAUCUCAACUAUUGCACGAAUCAUAAGCCGUGCAUGAACGGCGGCACCUGCUUCAACACCGGCCAAGGUUCAUACACCUGCUCCUGCCCGUCAGGCUUCACCGGCACCGAGUGCCAGACGCCGCUCUUCGACUGUCAUUCGAAGCCCUGCCUAAACGGCGGUACCUGUACAAUGACGGAAUCAUCAACCACGAGCUACGUGAACGGCACUGGUACCGAACUAUCAUCAUCCUCUAGACAGCAGCAGCAGCAGCAGCAGCAGCAGCAUCGUCGCAGCUAUCGCUGCACUUGUCCGUCUGGUUGGCGCGGCCGACACUGCGAAAUCACGACGCGAUCCUGUCGGGACUCACCCUGCCGACAUGGCGCCACCUGCGAGGACGAUUCUCUGCGCGGUUACGUCUGUCGUUGUCCGCCCGGCUACACCGGCACGGACUGCGAGUCGCAAGUCGACGAGUGUUCGCCGCAUCCCUGCAACAACGGCACCUGCAUGAACCACGUCAACGGUUUCCGAUGCACGUGUUUCGCCGGCUACACCGGCGAGCACUGCGAGAUCAACGUAGAUGACUGCCAAGGCGAUCCGUGCCUGAACGGCGGCAGCUGCAUGGACCAGGUGAACAGCUUCCGGUGCCAAUGCGUGCCGGGUUACGUCGGCCGGCUUUGCCAGGAUAAGGUAGACUACUGUCUGGCAAAACCGUGCGCGAACGGAGGCAGAUGUACUUCUGGGACCAAUGAUUACCACUGCAUAUGUAAACCCGGUUUUACCGGCAAGGAUUGCAGCGUGGAUGUGGAUGAAUGCCAGAGCGCGCCAUGCCAGAACGGCGGUACAUGCCGGAAUCGCGUCAAUGGCUUCUUAUGCGAGUGCCCGAAGGAUUGGUACGGUGACACCUGCAACGAUAAAGUCGGCGACAAGCCGAUCACUCCACCACCAUCCGCGCCCGCGAUUUCAAACAGCGGGGUGGCAAACGUGCCGCUGGCGGAACCAUCCUCGGGCGGCAAUCAUUGGCCCGGCAACCUGUCGAAGCACGUUGCCUCUAGGAAAACCAGCCUGACCACCGAACACCUAGUGAUGAUCGCGACACUUUCGACCGCAGUUCCAGCCUUCGCGCUCUUCGCUGCGGUCGCAGUUAUGUGCAUGAAGAGGCGGCAGAAGCGGGAACAGGCGAAGGCUGACGAGGAAGCGAGAUUACAGAACGAGAGAAACGCGGUGCACAGUAGCAUGAGCAAACGUAGCGCUAGUACCAUCGGCGUUGGAGGUACCGGUGGUGGCGGUCUCGGGAUCGGCAAUGGCGGCGGUAUCGGCAGCGUCGGCGGUCUCCUUGGCAGCGCCGGUAGCGGCCUAAUCGGUACCGGUGGCGGCAGUGUAUGCGCUCUGGGCACCGGCGACGCGCAUAUGAUCAAGAACACCUGGACGGCUAGCAAGAGUGUGAAUAACGUCGCAUCGGCAGCAUCGCGGCAAGACGACUUGGACUCCUCGUUUCAGACUGACGUGACGCUGGAUAGUUCGUGCUCCGGCUACAAGCCGGAACCAGUGAUACAAGAUGGCCGAACGAGAACGACGAAACAAUUGAACACGGAGGCGGCGGCCCACCGGGCAUCCGCGCACCUCUUCCAGAAGGAGAAGGACUGUCUCGGCCUAGGCCUCGGUAUCGGGAUUCUGGAGAGUGCCAAGAGAUCAUCCGUAUUUGCCACUACUGCCAACGUGGCGGACAAUUGUUGUGCCGCGGAAGCCGCGCUGAUGAAGAGGCCGGCGACGAUAUCGGAAGCCAACGGCACCGGUGUUGGCGUCGGUAUUGGCGUCGGUGUCGUCAGUAGUGGUAGUAGUGGACCACCGGGAAGCGGUGGCGGUGCAUCGGACAACAGCAGUUGCGGCGUCUACGUGAUAGACGAUCACUAUGUUAGGCAUGACGCCGCGCUGGCGGCGACACUCGCGACAGAAGUGUAGUAAACUCCGGACUCCCAUUUAGAGUGAUAGAAAAA